AGUCGGCUAAAUAAGCUGAGCAGUCAGCUGGAAACUCUACCUCGAAAAUGCGGCUGCAAAGUUUGCUGACAUUACAACAGAUACUCUAGUAAGCAUGUGGAGUAUAUCACAGACGGAAUCUCGUGAGAUACCUUCAAGACUGUGUAGUGAUUGUGUUUCCUGAUUUAUCUGGACGCAGGAGUCACUGUCAUCUGAAGAUGGGGUCUGAGGAUGUAUUGAAAGGUGCAUCUGCCUUAGCAUCUUACAAUGUCGUUUUACAGGUGGCGUUUCGACUCCUAACAUUCUUCCUGAACGCGUUUACACUAAGAUUUGUGUCAAAGGAGUUGAUAGGUGUUGUGAAUGUGAGGUUGAUGCUGCUGUACUCCACCCUGGUGUUCCUGUCACGAGAGGCAUUCAGGAGGGCGUGUCUUAGUGGUGGUGGGGAGCAGGCUAACUGGAGACAGAACAUCAACCUCCUUUGGCUCACGUUUCCCUUGGGCUGCGCAUGGGCUGUGUUACUGGUGGGUGUCUGGGCGUUUGUGCUGCAGGCUCCAGACCCCCAGGCCAUCCCCAAUUACCUGCCCGCCGUCUGCCUCUUCUGCUGGGCCGCACUGCAGGAGCUGCUGGCCGAGCCCCUAUGGGUCCUUGCACAUACACACAUGCUUGUGCAACUCAAGGUUAUUGCGGAGAGCUUAGCCAUGGUGGCUAAGUGCAUUGUAACCAUGGUGAUGGUUGUGUUUUCUCCCGUGUGGGGCCUCUACAUCUUCGCUGCUGCUCAGUGUGUGUACUCUGGCUUUCUGGUGCUGUGUUACAUAGUGUACUUCACAAGGUUUCUGGGCUCAGCUGAAGCGGACAAGAAGGGCUUCCCAUUGCAGAACAUCACGGAAACACUUCCCAGAAGAACACAUGGAGAGUCCGUGUUCAACUGGAAGUUGGCCAGGCUCACCUGGAGUUUCUUCAAGCAGUCGUUCCUCAAACAGAUCCUAACAGAAGGGGAACGCUAUGUGAUGACAUUUCUAAAUGUGCUUAACUUCGGAGAGCAGGGUGUGUAUGACAUCAUCAAUAACCUGGGCUCCAUGGUGGCUCGGUUCCUCUUCCUGCCCAUAGAGGAGAGCUUCUACGUCUUCUUCACCAAGGUCCUGGAGAGAGGACGCAGCGUCCACCAGCAGAAACGGGAGGAGGUUGCUAUGGCAGCAGAUGUGCUGGAGUGCCUCUUGAAGCUGGUGCUCGUGAUUGGUCUGAUCAUAGCGGUGUUCGGACAGGCCUACGCCCAGCUUGCGCUCGACAUCUACGGAGGAGACCUGCUGAGCAGUGGAGCAGGUCCCUCUCUCCUGAGGUUCUACAGCUCCUAUGUUCUCCUACUGGCUGUCAAUGGGGUCACAGAAUGCUUCACCUUUGCCCUCAUGAGCAAUGAGGAGGUUGAUAGGUACAACUUCGUCAUGCUGGGGAUGUCUGUCUGCUUCCUGCUCCUCUCCUAUUGGCUGACGGGUCUGUUUGGGGGCGUGGGCUUCAUCCUGGCCAACUGCUGCAACAUGCUGCUGCGUAUCGCCCACAGCACGGCCUUCAUGCACCGCUACUUCAGCUCCUCCGAGUACGUCCCCCUGUCCGGCCUACGCCCCCACCCUGCCCUGCUCCUCAGCCUGGGCCUCAGCUACAGCCUCACUGCACUCUCUGAGAGUGUGUUUUGUUGUGAUGGUGGCUGGUUGCUAAGGCUGGUCCACAUCGCCGUGGGCGGGGCAUGUUUGCUCGGCGUGAUGGCCACAGUGUUCGUCACGGAGACACGCCUCGUCAACUUCAUCAGAUCCCAACUGCUGCCCAGAUACAGCAAGAAGCGCACCUGAUCAUGUCUACAGAUUACCUGAGUGACAUCAUGCCCGUCAUGUCUACACCUGAGUGGCAUCAUGCCCGUCAUCACUACACCAGAGUGACAUCAUGCCUGUCAUGUCUACAGAGCCCAUAUCCAAACCCACACACACACUCUGCGCAAGACGUUUGAACUAAAGCAUGUGUGGUGGUCAGAGGAGUCAGAAGUAAAAGAAAAGUACAAUUCAAUCCUGACACACACACCCUUUUGUUUUCCUUUCAACACUGGAGACUUCAAUAAUAAUAAUACUUUUGUUUUAUAUAGCGCCUUUCAAAACACCCAAGGUGUUCAAUGAGUGAACCUGUCUCACAAUCAGCUGAUUCUGACCUUGUUGGAUCACAUUUUUGGCAGGGUUUUUAUCUUUUCGUUUUUUCAGGAAUUUACUUCUACUUAUUUGACACCUCUGGUGGUGCAUGUCCCAAAAAGCUGGAACCUUGUCCAGGCUUAAAGCAGUCAGUAGAAACUACACUGGAGCUCUCUGUUAUUUCAUUUUCCUGAUGGAUGUGUGUGUCAGGACUGGAUUUCAUACUUGUCCAGCUAACUGGGACUUAGCGAAAAGGAGGCUGAUGAAGACACACCCAGCCGGCCCCUCUGGAGGGUAUGAUCAUAGACCUAUAUUAAAUAAUAAUCCUGUUUUAUAUAGUAGGUCUAUGGGUAUUAUGUGGUGGCUAAGGGUUCAUGCGCUCUGCAUAACGGCGGUUACUUCUUUUAUAUGUGUGAGUCUGUGAUCUGAAUGUAAUGAAAUGCAUUUGGCAAGUAAAGGGAGGGGAUGAUAUUUUACUCAUAUUUUGUGAUUUUGUCAUUGUUUCGCGAUCUGAGUGUGUAUGGUCCAUCUGAGUCAUAGUUACUGAUUUAGGAUGAAUCAUACCGCUUUCCGAUGGGUCGACUGUCUAAAAAUGUUCAGAAGUGGUCCAUAAGAAACAGUCAAAAAUACAUGUACAGGUAGGGAAGUGCAAAGGAAAAAAAACAAAGUGCAAAGGAAUAAAA